ACCAAGAUGACCGAUGGAAAUCUUUCCACCUCCACCAAUGGCAUAGCCUUGAUGGGCGUUUUGGACGGACGGCCAGGAAGCCACCUUCCGAACUUCCCGAGCCUGAACCUCAAGGCUCCCAGGUCCCUCUUGCUGUCUGAGCAUGGGUCCAAGCUGCUGCUCGGAGCCGCAGAAGACCGGCACAGUCUGCAGUCCGUGGAUUCCGGCAUCCCGACUCUCGAGAUCGGCAACCCGGAGCCUGUGCCCUGCAGCGUAGCCCACCCGAGGAGGAAGACGUCUGAGCCGGAGGCCGUCCCUGAGCGGGCUUCGCACAGUGCCUGUCCCCUGCCAUCCUGUGUGCCCCCGGGCCCCACCUGUGCCGAGCGGGAGCAAGGUGUGCGCAAGUCCUCCACGUUCCCCAGGACUGGAUAUGACGCAGUAAGGUUCUGCAGCCCCACCACUGGGACGCUGAGCCGUAGUGACGCUGGCUCCGUCUGCAGCGUGUCCAGCCUUGGCACAGACCUCUCCACUACACUGUCCAUCAGCAAUGAGGACCUGCUGGACCUGGUCACCAGCAGCUCCAGUGCCAUCGUGGCCCUGGAGAAUGACGAUGAUGUGCCCUUCACUGAUGUCACCCUGAGCUCUGCCAAGGAGGCCGGUGGUCCUGCCCGGCCAGAGAACCCCCAGGAGCCCCAGGAGGGCAGCCGGUCGGGACUUCUGGGGCCACUCGGCCACUUCUUGUCCAGGAAUUUGCUUGCUAGGAAACAAAACGCAAGACUUGACAGACAGAGUGACUUGGGAUGGAAGUUGUUUGGAAAAGUGCCACUCGGAGAGAAUGCUCUGAAAGAGUCAAAGAAACUAUCAAAGGAAAAUGAAGACAAGGCUGGACCCAGCAGGCCGCUGUCCCCCAAGCAGAAUGUGAGGAAGAGUCUGGACUUUGAACCUCUUUCCACCACUGCCCUCAUCCUGGAAGACCGCCCUGCAAAUCUCCCGGCAAAACCAGCUGAAGAGGCUCAGAAACACCGGCAGCAAUACGAAGAAAUGGUGGUUCAGGCCAAGAAACGAGAGCUGCGGGAGGCACAGCGGCGCAGGAAGCAGCUGGAGGAGCGAUGCCGGCUGGAGGAGAGCAUCGGGAACGCAGUCCUCACCUGGAACAACGAGAUCCUGCCCAACUGGGAGACCAUGUGGAGUGCGAGGAAGGUCCGGGACCUGUGGUGGCAGGGCGUCCCACCGAGUGUGCGUGGCCGGGUCUGGAGCUUGGCCAUCGGCAACGAGCUCAACAUCACCCACGAACUCUUCGACAUCUGCCUGGCCCGAGCCAAGGAGCGGUGGCGGUCCUUGAGCACCGGAGGCCCAGAGGGUGAGAGCGAAGAUGCCGGCUUUCCGGCUGCCGACCGAGAAGCCAGCCUGGAGCUCAUCAAGCUGGACAUUUCCAGAACGUUCCCCAGCCUCUGUAUCUUCCAACAGGGUGGCCCUUACCAUGACAUGCUGCACAGUAUUUUGGGCGCUUACACCUGUUACCGGCCAGAUGUGGGCUAUGUGCAGGGCAUGUCCUUCAUCGCGGCAGUGUUGGUCUUGAACUUAGACACUGCCGAUGCCUUCAUCGCCUUCUCCAACCUUCUGAAUAAGCCCUGUCAGAUGGCUUUCUUCCGCGUGGACCACGGCCUUAUGCUGACUUAUUUUGCUGCAUUUGAGGUAUUCUUUGAAGAAAACUUGCCGAAAUUAUUUGCUCAUUUCAAGAAAAACAACUUAACUCCAGACAUCUACCUAAUCGAUUGGAUCUUCACCUUGUACAGCAAGUCACUGCCUCUGGACCUGGCAUGUCGCGUAUGGGAUGUGUUCUGCCGCGACGGUGAGGAAUUCCUCUUCCGCACGGCGCUGGGCGUGCUGCGGCUCUUCCAGGAUGUGCUGGUCCGCAUGGACUUCAUCCACAUGGCUCAGUUCCUCACCCGGCUGCCGGACGACCUGCCCCCCGAUGAGCUCUUCGCCGCCAUCGCCACCGUCCAGAUGCACAGUCGGAACCGGAAGUGGGCUCAGGUCCUCAGUGCACUGCAGAAAGACAGCCGGGAGACGGAGAAGGGCAGCCCGUCACUGCGGCACUGA